UCUUCAGAGGGACAAGCAAGCUGCUGACCAGAAGUUACAAGGUCUGAAGACUGAAUUCGACGAGCUGAAUUCCACUCUCAAGAAGACGAAAAGACGAGUUGCAGAGAGUGACUCAGGAAUGGAAAAUGAGUCAGUCCAAGCUCAAAGACGUGGAGGCAGAACUACAGAAGAAUAGGUUCACCAUCAAGGAGAUUAGUUCGAACUCUGAUAAAUACACGACAAACCUGCAGCAGGAGUGCUCCAACCUUCUUAAACAAAAGGGCGCCGCGGAAGAAAAAGUCACCACUUUGGCGUCCGAGACUUCGCAGCUGAAAAUGAAAUUGGAGCAAACCCAAGAAGAGGUGUUGCAGAAGCAGAAGGAAACCACAGCUGCUAAAUUGAGAUCGCAGAUGUUAGAGGACCAGUUGGAGAACUGCAAGAGAAUGCUCGAGGACCUGAAAGGGAAGCUUGAACUGCAGAAGAAGGGCUAUGAGACUCAGUUACAGCUGGUGCAGAAUGAGAUGGAACAGAAGCUGGCAUUGCAGGAAUCGCGCAUGAAGCUAGACUACGACAGGAAGUCAAAGGAGCGCUCGCAUAGCGCUGAAACAAUCGAGCGAGACAACAAGCAGCUCUCGCAUGAAGUUGAGAAGCUGAAAACUUUGCAUUUCAACACCAUGAAAUCCAAACAAGAUGCUCAGCAGCAGCUUGACAGCCUGCGAGCUCAGUUGGAGCAAUCGGAGAAACAGAAAGGAGUUCUGGACCUUGAACUGCUCAAAGCAAAGUCUAAGAUUGCAGAACUGGAGACGGAGAAGAUCAAAGUGAAAUCCAGUAUAUCCCAAAUGGACAGUGUCCGUAAAGAGAGCUCAAAAGAAACAAUAAGGCUGAAACAGAUGCUGACAGAAGCGGAACGGAAAUUAGAGUUCACUGAGAAUGAAGCUAAAACUCUGAAAGAGCAGGUUGCUUCAUACAUCAAAGAAGUGAAGUCUUUACAAGAGAAGAAUUUAAAGCUUGAAGUCACUGUCAGCUCCUUAAACAAGCAGGUGAAAGAGAUGGAGGUUGUAAAUCAAGUCAGUCAUCAGUGUGCCAAAGAUGGGGAGCUUGCAAAGCUGAAGACUGAGUUGAUACUGACACAGAAAAUAGUGUCUUCAUAUGAAGAGGCAAAGCGGAAUCUGGAGGAGGAGCUUAAGAAAAUGAAAGAGACUUCUGAGAUUGCUACUUUGGAGAAAGAUAAAGUUCUGGAGGAGUUGAAAAAAGUCAAACGGGAUAAAAUGGUAACAGUGACUCAUAGAUCUCAGGAAGAAGCCCUGAGAAUGACAGAAAAGUCAUUAAUACAGGAAAAUCAGCCAAAGCAAACGGUGUCCACUACCACCCGUAGUAGCGUGUCUGAGCAAACAUCCACAACUAGGAAAAGCUCACUGUCAGACAAAGGCAAGUCUGGGAAAAGCCAGUCUGUAUCAUUUAGUGUCAUCAGCGCUGAGUCUUCCAGUGAUGCUACAGAUUCUUCACAGAUGGAUAAACAAAGUGAAUCAUCCUCAACAAAACUUCAAGGUCUCAGGGGACGAAUCAGUAUUAAAAAGUUGAUCAAAACCAAAAUAAUAACUCAGGAGCUUGCUCUGAAGUUACAAACAGGCCUGAUAACCUUGGAGGAAGUGCAAGCAUCACUAGCCCAGUUCAACGGCAAACCUGCUUCAAUUGCCGGGAUUUACCUGGAAUCCAGCAAGAAAAAGAUAUCCUUCAUGGAAGCCGCAGAGGCAGGUUUAAUGGCGAAGACCUAUGCUAUUGAGUUCUUGGAAGCUCAGGCUGCCACAGGAGCCAUCAUUGAUCCAGUCACCGGUGAAAGCUACACUGCUUUAGAUGCUCUUGAGAAAGGCAUCAUCGGAAGAGAUUUGAGGGACAAGAUAACAGAGGCUGAUAAAGCAGUCAGCGGUUACCCUCAUGGAGGAAAAAUACUUUCUGUGUUCCAAGCAAUGGAAGAAAGAAUUGUGGAAAGACACAGAGGGAAGGGGAUACUUGAAGCACAGAUUGCUACCGGAGGAUUGAUUCACCCGUUGAUUGGCAUGCGGGUUCCAUUAGAUUGUGCCAUUGAGCAAGGACUCAUAAAUCAAGCCACCCUUCAAACUCUCUUUGAUCCGGUCAGUAACCCAAAGAGCUUCCAUAAUCCAGAAACAGGACAGAGAGCGUACUAUGGUGAACUCCUGAAAAUGUGCGUAUAUGAUGUAAGUGGUGGAGUUUAUCCUCCCUUUGGGGAACACCAUAUUUCCAGUUUCUCCCCAGCCAGCACCCACAGAGUUUCAGUCAUCAACAGUGCCACCGGUGUGGAGAUGUCGACGUACGAGGCCUAUAAGGCCAGACUCAUAGACAUCAGAACCUACCUGUUCCUCUCGCAACAGGAGAGUGAAUGGCAGGAGACAACUGUUGUGGACUCGGAUGGGAACACUUUGCAUAUUUUGACUGACCAGAAGAGUGGACGGCAGUUUUGCAUUGAAAAUGCCCUGAGCCUGAAGAUCCUUCAAACGAGUGAACUCCACAGCUACCAUAGUGGUCAGAUGACCAUCUGGGAGCUUGCAGAUCUUCUGAUUUCUCGAAAGGUUGCGAUCAAAGUUACGGACAGCCCCAUCGCUGGACUCUGGGUCGUGGCCUUGAAGAAAAGGCUCUCUAUUCUCAAAGGACUUCAGCAAAACCUUGUGGACAGACUGACCGCGUUGAAGCUUCUGGAGGCUCAAGCCUGCACCGGGGGUAUCUGCGACCCGGCAUCUGGGGAGAGAGUCCAGAUUGCAGAGGCACUCCGCCGAGGACUCUUAGAUGAAAGUUUUGCUCGACAGCUGCAGCAGUAUGAGCAAGCCUACUAUGGUGUCAUUCACCCUCAGACUGGAAGGACGUUGACUGUGGCUCAAGCAAUGCACGAGAACCUGUUCCCUAAAGAUGUCGGACUUCGGUGUCUUGAGUACCAGCUUGCAACUGGAGGUCUGAUAGACCCAGAGAGCCAUAACAGAGUUUCGGUGCAGCAGGCUAUCCGAAACUGCCUUAUUGACAAAGCAACAGCUGCACAGUUGAAAGAUGACCACUCGCUUCCCAAAACUAUCACCUGUCCGAAGACAAAGCGAAAAAUAUCCUACAAAGAGGCUCUGGAUAAAGGUGUCUUUGAUAGUCAUACUGGACUCCUGUUGCUUGAUGCUACAAAGCCUCAUAGCACUGGGGCUAAUUCAUCUUUCCAAUACAUUUGGACCUAUCGUCAUUUCUGAUGUGGUAUUUACAUGUCAGCUAAAAUGUGGGGGGAAUGGUUUAACCAAAAGGAAUAGUUUAACCAAAAUUCUAUUGAAUGCUAUUGAACAUCAUUCAGUAUUGCUACUGAAUGUCAAUAGUCACUAAAUAGUACUAAGCAAUGGCACCAUGCAAAUGCAUGGCCACUAGCUUCCAUUCAUUCUCUGUCACAUUAGCAUAUUUGGUCAAGCUAUUCCUUUAUUAUCUGACAGGAAUUAGCGAGGCACCAAUAUAGGAACUGAUACACAUUUAUAAACUGGUGAAAUUGGCACUAGAUUCAGCUGGAUUUGCAUUACAAAUGCUGCAUUUAUUUAUGUAUAUUGUUAUGUAGGGUUACAAAUGCAGUAAAAAGAAUAAAACAGAUCUUUUCAGAAACAUCAGCCAAAUCUAAAUAUCUGUCCGAUGCUAAUACAUUUUUUAAAGCAAUUAUCUGCCCAGAUCGAUACACUGUGCUUCCCUAACAGGAACUUGUUUAGUCAAUUAAAUAACUUUUUUUUAAGUAUCAAAAUAUUUUUAUAAUCAUAUAUGUGCCUCUGCUUAUUGGGAAUGUAGUUCCCCGUAAACAUGUAUGUACAUGUGUAUGAAUGUCUUUAAUCUAUGUGAUCCGUGUUUUACAUUUUCUCUGGUUUAUCGAAUGCCCUCUACAAAAACUCGCUUGAUUAAAACUCACGAUCCCGUUACAUCGUACUUCUCAAGAUAUUAAGCGAAAUGGCGUGGAGGUACACAUACUCACAAAUCUAAACACCGUGGCAGUUGGUUUGUUUUUGUAAUUCACCCCACAAUAUUUUCUUUAUUUGUG